AUGCCACCCUGCCCUGGGGGGAGCGCAGCAGGCAGACGGGCUGGGCAGGCAGGCAGGAGCCCGCGGCAGAGCCACCCAAGACACCGGCCUGCCGUGCACCCCACGGUCAUGCUGCUCCUCCUGCACCUGCUGCCUGCCAUGCUGCCCACUGCCGCCCUGGCCAGCUGCACCAGGGCUGGUGCUGACCGGCAGCUCAUCCUGGCCAAGGUGCGGGCUCGGGUGCUGGAGCAUCUGAGCCCCCCGGUUCUUCAGGAGACCCAGAAGGAAGCAAGAAGAGUGCACCGAAGAGAUGUCCUUGAAAAGACCGAAGUUGAGCCGGAGGAGCUGGAGGACACCUCCCAGGUGAUCCUUUUCCCUUCCACAGAUGUGCCCUGUGAGCCGUCACAACCAGACAAGCUGCUGGAGGAAGAAGGGAUUUUCACCUACCUCUUCCAGCCCUCGGCGCACACCCUGAGCCGUGCAAUGACCUCUGCCCAGCUCUGGUUUUACACCGGCCCCUCGGCAGCUCCCAACCACUCGGCCCCUGAUGUGCUGACCCUGUCGCCGCACGGCCGUGUGCCACUGGCGGCCAUGGUGGUGCAGACGACUGAGCACUGGACCGUGUUUCACUUUGCGCCAGGGCUGCUGCCCCAGCUGUCGCAGCCGCUCUUCGUGCUCCUGGUGCGCUGCCCUGGCUGCCCCUGCCUGGCCGAGGAGGACAAGAUGCCCUUCUUGGUGGCCACCACCCGUGCCAAGGGCAGUGAGAGGGCUCGUCGCUCCACCGUGCCCUGGUCCCCGGCUGCCCUGAGCCUGCUGCAGCGCCCAUCCGAGGACCUGGCCGCCCAUACCAACUGCCGCCGGGCUUCCCUCAACAUCUCCUUUGAGGAGCUGGGCUGGGACAAUUGGAUCGUGCACCCCAGCAGCUUCGUUUUCCACUACUGCCAUGGGAGCUGCGCCACGGGCCACGGGCUGAGCCACCGCCUGGGUGUGCAGCUCUGCUGCGCCGCCCUGCCCGGCACCAUGCGCUCCCUGCGUGUCCGCACCACCUCCGAUGGUGGGUACUCCUUCAAGUACGAGACGGUGCCCAACAUCCUGGCCCAGGACUGCACCUGCGUCUAG